AUGUUUCUUGUUUUUCGAGCAAGACUUCAAACACUUCAGUGUCGACUCAAUGAAGCAAUUCGAACAUAUGAAUAUGCAAUUCGCUGUCAAAGUGAUUGGAAAAACCUUCAUCAUAUACCCUAUUGGGAAAUACUUUGGUGUCAUGCAUUUCAACGACAAUGGAAAGAAGCAGUUAAUAUGGCUCAAAUUCUUCUUCAAGAAAAUAAUUGGAGUAAAGCAACAUCUUGUUAUCUUUUAGCAACAUUUCAAUUUGAAGAUAAUAAUGCUUUUGCAACAGAUGAAAUAAUUCAAUUAUAUAAACGUGUACCAGAAUUAAAAAUUCGUCUGGCAGGUAAAUCAAUUCCAUUAGAAAAAUAUGCAAUAAAACAAUGUGAACAUUUUCUUGAACAAAAAUGGCUUUUCUUACCAUCAUUGGAAUUAGUUUAUCUUAUGAACGGUUUUUAUAUACUUGCACAUGAUUCUAACAAAUUACACGAAACUCUUAAUAUUGUUAAUAAUGCAUUAAAUAAUCUUGAACUUGAUCAUCGAGAUGAUCGAUUCUAUGCUGAUAGUUAUGGUUCCGGUCUUUUACUUCGUGGUGUUCUUCUUCAUUUUCUUCGUCGAUAUGAUGAAGCUCAUCAAGAUUUUGAUGAAAUAAUUAAUAUGUCAAAACAAUUCGAUGAAAAAUCUUUAUUACCACCGAAUGCAGUAUUCGAAAAAGCAAUGAUCUAUCUUAGUUUAAAACAAAAACAAAAAGCAAAUGAAUAUUUACAAAAAUCACUAAAUGAUUAUAAAGAUUAUCAACUUGAGUCUCGUCUUCACUUUCGUAUAAAUGCAGCCAUGCAGACAGUGAAAAAAAAAUAG